AAAAUAACAAAUAAAAGAGCCCCCCCUCCUUUUACCUCCCUCAAACCCUAACUUUCAAAUUCACAUUCCCAAGUCCCCAAAUCGCCAAAUCUCAGCCAUGAGCAACGAAUAUGAUUACCUCUUCAAGCUCCUCCUAAUCGGCGACUCCUCCGUUGGCAAAUCCUGCCUUCUCCUCAGAUUCGCUGAUGAUUCGUACGUCGAUAGCUACAUCAGUACCAUUGGGGUCGAUUUUAAAAUUAGGACUGUGGAGCUGGAUGGGAAGACAAUAAAACUGCAGAUUUGGGAUACUGCAGGACAAGAACGUUUCAGGACUAUAACAAGCAGUUACUACAGAGGAGCACAUGGAAUCAUUAUUGUCUAUGAUGUCACUGAAAUGGAGAGCUUCAAUAAUGUCAAACAAUGGUUGAGUGAAAUUGAUAGAUAUGCUAACGACAGCGUAUGCAAGCUUCUUGUUGGAAACAAAUGCGAUUUGGUUGAGAACAAAGUUGUGGAUACUGAAAAGGCAAAGGCAUUUGCUGAUGAGCUUGGCAUCCCUUUCCUUGAGACAAGUGCAAAGGAUUCUAUCAACGUCGAACAAGCUUUUGUUACCAUGUCUGCAGAAAUUAAGAAAAGGAUGGGAAGCCUGCCAACUGCCAACAAGAAUCAGACAAACACUGUUCAGAUGAAAGGCCAACCAAUUCAGCAAAAGAGCAACUGCUGUGGUUAGCCUGAUUAUUUCUACCUUUGCCAUGUGUUUAGUUCAAAAUCGUUCGAGUGCUUAACCAUUGUAUCAGUUUAUGCUUCAGAUGCUCGUUAAUGUGUUAGUCUGAGACUUGGAAACACUGGGGAUUUAUCUAUAAAAAGAAACUGUUCACAUCUU